AUGGAUCAUUUAAGUGAAAUCAUCUCAAAAUGCUUCCACGAUUCCGAAAUUGCCAAGUUGUUUUCCUGCAAGAAAACUAAAACAGCAGCAUUAAUAUAUAAUGUUUUAACGCCUAAUAUUGAAGCAGAGAUGCUUGCUGAUUUGAAAUCGUUUGAAAACAUUAAAACCCGCUCUCCAAUGUUUUCUUUGGUUAUAGAUGAGACCACAGAUGUUACAGCCACAUCAACGCUUGCAGUUGUUACCAAAUUUUAUUCUGAAAAAACACUUCAGGUAAAAACGAAAUUUUUAACUUUGGUGGAUUUGAAGGGAUCAUCAGCACAGGCUUUAUUCGAUGCUCUUUCUGAUGCUUUAAAUAACGCUAACCUUAAUAUUAAAGACGCUAUUGGUUUCGGAGCUGACACUACUAAUGUUAUGUUUGGCGAACAAGGUGGCAUGCUGGCAUUAUUGCCAAAAUAA